CUAGAAGCGACCCCAUAACCUUUAAAGUCAAUCAUUUCGCUUGCGCUCUCACGACCUCCAGCUUUUGAUACGCCCUUCUUUCCCUCUUUUCUGCAUCUGCCCAACCCUCCGGCCCGUCCACCACGUCGUCGCCGUUUCUCCUUCUUUGGCCCGCCCUUUUGGUCCUCGAUACCCCUUCUUGAUCUUUGUUUUUGUGCCCUUCUAGGUUCUGGGUCCUUUCUGGCUAAUCAAGCACGCAAGGCGUGCCCGUGUGUGACUGUGUUUCUGGUCGACCUCCUGCCGACAUACCCCCCGACGCUUUCGGCCUCCGCGCGCCAAUUUUCCCACCUGCAACGGCAACCGCGGCCGGAAUCAGCGUUGUCGCGAUCAUUAUCUCUCUUUACUUUUUGCGGAACUCGAAGCCUGUCGCCUACCUAUCGACCAGACGGCCGAAACCCGUUAAGGAGUCCAGGGCCUCCAAGGGCUAAUACCUACUCUCCCGAACGAAGGGUAGUAUAGGGGCUAGGCCUUAUUAGAUUGGCGAAAGCUGGAUUCGGUUGGGAACAAGAGGCGACCGUGACAGCAUCGGUGGAAACUCGAGAAACUCAAGAAGCAGAACUAGAGCAACCGCCGCCAUGAGCAACUCGAACCCGGUAGCGCCCAAGAAGAAGAAGGGCGGCUUCCUCGCCAUCUUUGGCUGCUGCGGCGUCCCUGAUGAUGCGAACGGCCUCGACACCCCGGUACCAAGCAACAAGCUCGACAGGAUCCCCGUUAGACCGGCGACCGCGAGCAGGCGAACAGCAACCCCGUCCGAGCAGCCCUCCGCGAGCAAGACCCAUCUUUCUGAGAAGGAGCCAGCUCAGCAAUCUCAGCCGACCCAGGAACAGUCGAAGAACGGGAAGCGGGUAUCAGGAACGAGUACUCAGGAUCAGUCGACAGUUGGCGAAAAGGAUGGAGAGUCAAAGCAGACAACGAUCGUUGGCCCCGGCUCAAGUAGCCCACUGGCAUCGGUAGAGCCGCCACAGCAGACCAACAAGGAAGUGGAGGUGGUUGAGGAGGUGGUCAAUGAGAAGGACGAGGAAGGGGACGUGCAGAUGCCUGAUGCCGCUGAGGAAUCACAACAAGCUUCACAUGCGGCCGAUGCCACGACUGAGGAAUCGUACACAAACCUUCCCCCGCCACCUCCGGGCCCGGUUCCCGCAGCUACAACUACGCCAACAAGCGGCGCGCUAAUUGAGAGCCCUCCGGUCUUUCCUCCCGACCAACCUCAGAAGUUCCUACUGCCUCCUCAAGCACCUGAGUUCAAGGGUAAGAAGUGCCUUGUUCUAGAUUUGGAUGAAACCCUCGUACACAGCUCCUUCAAGAUCCUUCACCAGGCCGAUUUCACGAUACCUGUUGAAAUCGAAGGCAACUACCAUAAUGUCUAUGUCAUCAAGCGGCCAGGUGUAGACCAGUUUAUGAAGAGAGUUGGCGAGCUUUACGAAGUUGUUGUCUUCACUGCAUCGGUUUCCAAGUACGGUGAUCCGCUGCUGGACCAGUUGGACAUCCACAAUGUUGUCCACCAUCGUCUUUUCCGCGAAAGUUGCUACAACCAUCAAGGAAACUACGUCAAAGACCUGUCACAGGUUGGACGUGACCUUAAAGACACCAUUAUCAUCGACAACUCACCAACCUCGUACAUUUUCCACCCUCAACACGCCGUACCCAUCAGCAGUUGGUUCUCAGAUGCGCAUGACAACGAGCUAUUGGAUCUCAUUCCCGUUCUAGAAGACCUUGCUGGUGCCAACGUGCAAGACGUUAGCCUGGUUCUGGACGUCACUCUUUGAAGCGUUCAGCUUGAAAGCUUUCCGUGUUGAUCAUACACCUCGCGUAUGUAUGGCCCAAAGGCCCGUUCAUUGCGGAGUGUUUUGGUUCAUAUUUGUCUCAAGCGAAGAGGCGUAACUGCGUCAUACUGUCUAAUCAUCUAAAUCUGGCCUGGGCGGGUUUCGCAGACAUGACUAUUUGGUUACGACCCCACCUUCACAGAUCCGAGAGAUUACGGCCACCCGAAUGGCGGCCCGUUGCAUAUGAAGGGAUAUGCGCAGGAUUACCGCUCUUGUGCCUAAUCGUUCCAAGCUCCGUCAAAUGAAAACGGCGAGAGAAAGUGCUGAUGGGUCAGGCAUAAUUCGAGAAUCGAUCUGAAAGAAACUGGGGGAUUGCUGGCGUGGUGCAACCCAGUGUGAAGCGUAAAAGCCAUCCGUACACAGCGACGUCCUUGUCAUAACGCCGGGCUUCAACUAUCGAACGGCAGGGGGAAUGAGGGAGGGAAGAGAUGGAUGCAGCAUCACCCAGUGCCAUGAUUUCUUGUUCCGAGCUGCCAGCGGAGGAACGGUGUUGUACUGUGGUUGGUUUGUCUUGCUUGUCAGCGGGCGCAAAGUUCUUGCUUAGCGCGCACAUACACCCGAGUACUUGUAGGGUGUUUAUAGUGUUGUUUUCUUUUGUCAGCUUUUUGUCUUUUUUAUCAUGUGUCCUCCCGGUUUCUCAUCUACUUCUUCUCCCAUCGGGCUUCUCUUCUAAUUCCCCCUUACUCACAGGCACACUGUUCUUUGUCAUAACAUGUAUACAAUGGAUGUUUUGAAUGCUCGCUCCUUGCUGGCUCGGAGGGAUAAAAAAAAGACAACAGCAUCUGGCCUCCCGUUAUACCCCAGAAAUACCCACGCUACUGAAUUGAUCGAAGCAAUUACCGACUCUCUCCAAAGAUUCGCUCAGUGGGUAGACCGACGGGUAUUAAUUGGCUGCCAGGAUUCAUUUGGCGCAGUGACUUGGAUCAAAGGUGCAGAAAAGAACAUGGCGAUCUGGGCGACACCUUUAGCAAGAAGCAUCAGGCCCACUGCGGGUGAAUGGUCUCGUUCCCCGCUGCUCACCUCAACUGUUCGUCUAGAAUUUACACAACUCCAAGUUACCAUCAAAGAAGCAUCAGUAUCAAACAAGCCACUUGAAGUAAUAGAUCGACGUUGGCAUUCCCGUGUACACUAGAAUCCUUUUACCAAAUUUCUGGGAGAGACAGGGCAAUCGAAAGCCAAAACGGAAGGUUGACGUGACCACACGAUUGUGCAGUAGUAGCCUAGAGCCCCCAUCAAUCAAUCGCAAAGCC